AUUUCCCACAAUUCCCUUCCCGCAAGCAACAGCAACAGCUCGGAUGUUGCGAUAUCGCUGGCAGCCGGAGAUCGCCGUGGUUGCAGAGAUUAUGCUGCUGGGCUAAAACCGCAGUCUAGUGUUUCAUAGAUGCCACAUUCUCUAGUUCCUCAGCAAUAACAGACGAGGGCUGCGUCGAACCUGCGACUAGCCGUUUUAGAAGACGGCUGGUUUGGUGCGACAGCGCUAGCUUAGGGGGUAGAAAAUCCUAGUUUUAUUCCAAGUUGGCGCGAUUAAACAGCAAGACGCGGAGCGAUGAGGCAUCACACGCGCACCAUUUCUGACUGAGUAUGGAUAUGCCCUUAUGUCAACGCCAUUCUACGCCUGAGACAUCGAGCUCGAAGACGUUAUCUUCCGAGGAUAACCUGGAUAACCUUACACGAAAUGUCAUAGCGCGUGAGUAGCUAGCACUGAGCUAGCUUGGCGAAUGCUGAACGAGAUGGAGAUAAAGUCGUUAUCGUCAGCAGUCGAGCACGGACAGCUGGAUGGGUAGCUGAGGAGACACUUUAUCCGGAGAUGCUGUAGCCUCCUGGGUGGUGUAAGUCACUUACAUAACAGCCAGUCGCAGCAGCUCCAACCAACUGGCUCGUCUUGGUAAGCAAAUGGGAUUUUUGCCACCAGGAAUCUGGAUAGUGUCAUCAUAAGUGACAAGGCAGCACUGCGUGUUUCCGAGGCUGCACAUAGACUAUAUACACGAAACAUUGUGAGCCGCAUCAUAUUUCAGUGGACAAGGGAACGAGCUGUCAUCCUCGUCUGUGAUUGAAGCCACGAAUACUCCCCCCUCUCUUAUCUCGACAUCAUGAGGAAGUUCUUUGAUUCUCGUCGGGAGUUGGUCAGCUCUGGGCCUGGUUCUGGUGGAGGAGGAGGCAGCUCUGGGUCGAGCCAUGCUGGCGGAAAUUUCAUUGGACGAAGCUUUACAGUCGGUAAACACCAAGUCACCGUGGAGGAGAUCAUUGCUGAAGGGGGCUUUGCAAUUGUGUUCCUCGUGAAAACAAAUCAAGGAGUACGAUGCGCCCUGAAGAGGAUGUAUGUCAACAAUGAACAUGAUCUGCAGGUGUGCAAGUGCGAGAUUCAAAUCAUGAAAGAUCUCGUUGGUCACAAGAACAUUGUGGGUUACCUUGACUCCAGUAUCACAGCAAUGGGAUCCAGAGAUGUGUGGGAGGUUUUCAUCCUCAUGGACUUCUGCAAGGGAGGCCAGGUGGUUAAUUUGAUGAAUCAAAGGCUGCAGACUGGCUUCACUGAGGCUGAGGUUCUCCAGAUUUUCUGCGACACCUGUGAUGCUGUUUCCCGCCUGCAUCAGCGCAAGACGCCAAUCAUACACAGAGACCUUAAGGUGGAGAACAUAUUGCUGCAUGACAAGGGUCACUACGUGCUGUGUGACUUCGGCAGUGCAACCAACAAGUUUCAGAGUCCGCAGACUGAAGGUGUUGCCGCAGUGGAGGAAGAAAUCAAAAAGUACACCACAUUAUCAUAUCGAGCCCCUGAGAUGGUCAACCUGUACAACAACAAGAUAAUCACCACGAAGGCAGAUGUUUGGGCGCUGGGCUGUUUGCUGUACAAGUUGUGCUUCUUCACUCUCCCCUUCGGUGAAAGCCAGGUGGCCAUUUGUGAUGGCAGCUUCACUAUCCCCGACAACUCCCGCUACUCUUAUGAUCUCCACUGCCUCAUUCGAUACAUGCUUGAGCCAGAUCCAGACAAACGACCAGACAUCUACCAGGUGUCCUACUUUGCUUUCAAACUGGCUCAGCGGACUUGCCCUGUUCAGAAUUUCCAGAACUCCUCCAUUCCAUCUAAACUCCCAGAACCCAUCAAAGCAAGUGAAGCUGCUGCAGCAAAAAAGAACCAAGCUAAACCACGGCUGACAGAUCCUAUUCCCACCACUGAAACCUCCAUCACUCCACGCCAGCGGCCCAAAGCAGUCCAUACGCAGCCCGCUGCUGGGAUCCUCCCCAUCCAGCCGGCUGCUCUUACUCCUCGAAAGAGAGCUAAUCUCCCUGGUGGUGCAGCUCAGCCUGUAGGUGUCAGCUUGAAUCUCUCUCAGCCAGCUGCAGCUCUUCAGUCUCAGAAGGCCCAGAGUGCAGCUCUGCCCAUCAUUCCUGCUCAACAGAACUCCAGCCAGGUUGCACCUGCACCCUGUCAGCAGGUCGUGGCAACAACCACUGCAGUAGCAACAGAAAGUACAGCAGUCAUGGCACCAGCGACUAAAGUUGACAAUCCGCAGCAAAAUCAAACACAAACUGCACUACCCUCCACUGGAGAAAGCCCGUCCAGCCCAGCACCUCAACGCCCUGCUAGACGUAAACAGCCAGGACAGCUUCCUGCCACUCAACAAACGUCCUGCAACUCAGACGCUGGUCCAGGAUCGGAGCCGCCCAGCCAGUCAUCAGUCGCCCAGAUUCAGGCUUCUGAGACAAGCAGAAAAGUAGCUGAGACAACCCCAACUGUUUCACCAAAGACGAGUGAUGAUCUGCUCCACAAGCGCACCCCGAGUGAUUCCAUAUCCGCAGUUGCAACUGCAGUCAGCGGCGUAGCACCUGCAAACGGAGACACAGCAUUAAACAAACCAGUUGCAUCUCCGCCGAACUCUGACCAGAUACCUGACGUAGUGCCAGAUCAAAACAAAGCAGUGCAUUCAGUUGGCACUCCACCUCAACCUCUUUGGAACCCCUUUGAUGAUGACAACUUCUCUAAUGUGACUGCAGACAAACCUCGAACUGAAGAAAAUAAGACAAAUGACAUAUCUGAAACCAGCAUGUUGGGUGAAGAGCUGAUUCCAGGCUUACAGGCUUCAGGUGUUGAAAGUUUACAGCCGUCUUCUGGAGAAAAACCUUCAGGCAGUGUGGAUGUUGAUUCUGGAGCAUCAAUGUUGUCUGUUCCAGAUCCUUUCCACACUCUGGAUCUGUCUAACGCUCCAGAGAAGUUGAUUGAGGGGCUGAAAUCACCUGACGUGUCAUCGCUGAUGCUUCCUGACCUGCUCUCGCUGUCUGAUCCAUUUGGUGGAUCUGUGGAGGAGUCUGUGAAAGACUCUCUCACCGGGGAAGACUCUCUCCUGGGCUCACUCAUCUCUGGUCCGGCUGCUUCGUCGGCCCCCUCUGCCCAAACCUCCUCCGCUUUAGAUGACCUGAGUCUGCUGGAGACAAGAGACUUGGCACAGCCAAUAGCAGACUCGUCCCUCCUUAUCUCUGACAUUGAAUCCCAGCAACAAGGACAAGAGGAAACCACAGAAGAUGAGUUUGAUCCCAUUCCAGUCACAGGACGUAAAAAUUCCCAAGUUUCAGGUGGCCACUCUCGCAGUAACAGUGGCGGCUCUGAAUCCAGCCUGCCCAGCUUGACUCGCUCCCUGAUGCUGGUGGACCAGCUCAUCGACUUGUAGGCGGCCCCUGUAGAAGCCGGACCAUAGACUAGCGAUAGCGACCACUGCUGCUGUCGUAUCUAGCGUCCUGCGCCCAAUGGCUGUUGACUCAAGUCUCCUGUAGAAAUGUCUCACCCUCUUACCGUGUCAUCAUCCCUCCUCACCUGCCACAGUAACUGCAUUAUCUAACCUGUAACUACCUGUCAACUUCUCAUAACCCCUGCUCAUCCUCCACUGCCAAACACUAACGUCAUUCUCUCUCGAGGUUAUUCCCAAAACAACGUUGCAUUUAUGUGAAAUAGCAGACAAUAGAAGAUCCUUGUUGUCAUGUACAAUAGGCAUAGUAUUAAGUGGUUGUAGUUCUUGUGCACAAGUGAAAUUGUUGUCGUCUGCCCUCUUUGAAUUCUUCUCCCGAAUUUAUUUGCACAUCUUGAAGUCUGACUAAAUAGCAGCAUCUACUUACUGGCUCAUGGAAAACAUAUGGGGAUGAGUGUCGGGGCGCUCUCACAAAUGGGUCAGGUUUGUGCUAUCAUCGCUACCUACAGCAAGCAAUGUACAGCACAAUCCAAUCAUCCCAUAGUGCUUGGUUAAUGGUUGGUAUAUAGAAAAAAAAAUAUACAAAUUUAUUGAGAGUCUGUGAGAUGUGUCUGAAGACACUGUCAUUCACUGACAUAGACAAUUGUACAUGGUAUCAUAUGAGUUUGUUUGAUCAAUAGAUAGUGAAAUAAUGAAAGCAAUAAUAUAACAUCACACUGAGCCAGAGAUCCACCUGCUAGUUGACCAAUACAGAGUCAAAGUUAGCGAUCUUGAACCGUCCGGUAGUCAAACAGCAUGUGCCACAUUCGCUUCUCUGCAACCGCGACACAGCGCACAGUGCGAUUCCUUACUCUCGCAUGAUGUGUUGGUUAUGGCUGCAGAAGAUUGUAGAGCUCAGAUGCUAUGACCAUCAUUGGACUCUCAGAUUAUCACUGCUGCCACUCCUCCUGUAGGUUAAACAAACUUCAAUGCAUACGCUGCGACGCAAUUGAGGCCAUAGAAUGGGUUAAGCUUUUAACGCAGCAAGACUAAACGUAACAACAACUCCCUAACAGACGCUGAUUCCUCCUCACAUCAUCAUGUUUUUGGGACGUACAGCUUCAACUCCUCUGUGCAGUGCCAAUGCAACAACGUGUCCUUAUAAUAUCCAAACAUAUUAUUAAUCAGAUGUAUCAAAAUUGAACUAUUUAUCAUGCUCAUAUCAUAUCUGACGUAAGGCUUCUUUGGGUACAAAGAGAUUCAGUUGGGCCUUUAAAGAAAUACAUGGAGAAAUAAUGCUAAAUACCUUAAAACUUUAUUGGCUGAUUUGCACAGUAGCAGGAAUGUUACCUUUGACAAAGCUGUCGAGUUUCCUCCACAGUGUCGCGCUGUGAAGGACAGUAGCGCAUCAGUAUGUUAACAGCCAUAGGAAAAUAUUUAAACGGCAUAUUGAAAUCGAUCCCUCGUGAUUCCAGAUAACUGUGAACCAGAGCGAAGCAUGUGACACAAGCUCCCGAGCGAAAACAUUAGAGGUGCCAUUAAAUAACCCUGUGAGUUUACCUGACCAUGCUUCCCGAAACUAUCAGGAAAACUUUGCAAGACACUUUUGUUCAAGUCGAAUCGGUUUGAUCUCGUUGGUGGUUUUAAUUUACGCCUCAGGAACCGGGCGCAUCUGUCGAACACACAAGUGUCGACUGAUAUGAAUAAUAAAAGUGUAGCUGAUAGCAAUCGUUGUUGUCCGUGUUGUUGGCGGCACUAACAGUUUAUUUUUAUUUCCUCAUUUUUCUUUUGUACCAUAUCACCUCAUUGUAAGUCUCACCAACAUUCCUGUCAUGUUUACUCCUCGUUUCUGUAAAUACUGACCCCACACAGUCUUGUUGUUGCUAUUACAGACUAUGUUCAACUGGCCCCGUGUAUAAUGUAAAUAUGAUGUUUCUGUCAUAAAGCUUUACUUGUUAAAAUAAAUGCUUUAUCCGGAUUAAUAUAUACAUAUAUAUAUAUAUACAUCUAUACAUGUCUAUAGAUUUAUAUAUGUAUUCAAGAUAAUGUGUCGAUAGAGUGUUAGAGAAUGAAUGUAAGAAAUGAAUAGUAGUCUACGAUAAUGAUAAAUAUAUAUUAUUCUUAAUGCCAUAGCCACUAAAGAAUUAUUGAAAGAAAAUAUAGAUAUUUUAUUUCUCUUGUGAAAAUGUGAGCAGGAAUCUUCUGUUUUUCCAUCAUUGAAAUGUGUCUUUGUUCAGCCUGAAGAUUCCAACUCUCCCUGUCCCUCUCUUCCUUAGCAAAGAGGAACAUUUACGUUUACAUGGACUGAAGAAGGAUUAUAUUUUUAUUGUCGUUUUCUGGGAAGAUGUUGGAACCGGGUCCUGUUUCUCUGUCACCGCGCAACUAGAACUUUUCUGAAAAUGUGCAUCAUAGAGUUUUGUUCGGCUUUCCUGAUAUAAGUGAUCAUAUCAAAAGAAGCAUGGCAGUGUUGUUUGUUUGUGUGCGUGUGUGUGCGUGUAUGUAUGUAUGUGUGUGUGUGCUGGUAUGUGGUGUUAAGAUGAGUGUGUGUUUGGAGUCAAGAGAUGUUGGAAUUGUGUUACAGUAGCCUACUUGUGUUGUUUGCUGCAGAUGUGGCGACGGUAUCGUUGUCAUUAAAAACUCUUCUGAAAGCACAGGCCCCCGAAAUUCUCUCAGGUAGUACAAGCAAUGUCCGUCUCGCUCAGAGGUGGACUCACGUUGAUGUACUGCUCCCCUGUCUCAGUGUCGACUCUAUAUUACAAUAAAGUGUCCAACAACUGAAACGCCAGAGAGCUUGUUUCAUGUGUUGGGUUCAGUGCAUCAUCCAUUUUUGAAAAACACAAAUGGUUAUGUCAAAGUUGGAUUAUCUCUCCAUCUAAGGCUUUCGGUUAACAAAACAGAAGCAAUGACAACAACAUAUGUUAACACAUGUAUCAGAAUGAGACUUUUUUCGGAUAUGAUUUACUAUAUUAUAUAAUGUUAGUUUGUGUAAUUUAUGUUGUAUAAAAUGCAGUAUGUAUGGUCAGCAACAGCUUCAAAAGGGUGUCGGCAAGGAUGAAAGGGAAAGUGUCCAAAAGGGUGGUGAGGCCAGCAAUGUUGUCUGGUUUGGAAACAGUGGCACUGAGGAAAAGACAGGAAGCAGAGCUGGAGGUAGCAGAGAUGAAGAUGCUGAGCUUCUCUCUGGGAGUGAGCAGGAUGGAUAGGAUCAGGAAGCAGUAGAUCAGAGGGACAGCACAUGUGCUCAGGUGUUUAGGAGACAGAGUCAGAGAGGCUAGAUGGAGAUGGUUUGGACAUGUACAGAGGAGAGAGAGCCAGUACAUUGGUAGAUGAAGAUGUUGAGGUUGGAACUGCCAGGCAGAAGGUGGAGAGGAAGGCCAAAGAGGAGAUUGAUGGAGGUGGUGAAGGAGGACAUGAGGUUUGUAGGUUUGAGAGAAGAGGAGGCAGAGGACAGGGUGAGAUGGAGGAAGAUGAUCCACUGUAGCCACCCCUGAGGGGAGAAGCUGAGAGAAGAAAGUCAGAAAAUAGUAACUGAAUGUAUUAUUUGUUGUCUAACAACUGAUUUGAUACGGAAUUCAAUAAUCUGGCUUCAACUUGUAUAGUAACAUGUUGUAAUCGAGUGUAAAACAUUUUACAUCUAACUGAGAAGCGGUGGAAGGAAACUAUUCAAGUGGAAUAAUGCUGUCACCUAGUGGUCACUUGGAUGAAAACCACACAUUUCGCCCAAUAUGGUGAAAAGUUUAACAGUAUAAGUUGAAGAAUAGUAAGCUUCAAAUUAAAAAUUAUUAUUAUUGUUAAGUUAAAUUUUUUUUUAAACAACUAGGUCUGAACGUUAGUGCACGGAUCCAACCAUGUGCAAUAGGCGGCGGAGGAAGUGCUCAAUUCAUCCAGGCUGAUCGUUCAGGCUCUCGGGAGUGGGAGGGGUCUAGCAUAUGCACCUGGCUCUUACCUUUGUCUCUCUCAAAACGCUCUGACAGGUACUGAACUCUGCUGACUAGCAACCUCUUAACUUAAUGUUUGAUAGUAGGUGGGAUCUAUUUUUGUGUGGGAUCGAGGCCGGGUGAGUAUGUCUAAACUCAUAUAAUGUAAAUGUCAAAUCUUGUCUUAACUUUGUAUUUUUGUUGUCACAAGCUUCGGGUUGCAAACAGAUGA